AAACAAACGGAUCUUAUAUAGCCUAAAAUAUAAACGAGUUCUAACGGCCCCUAGAUCCCAAACAAAGACAGACGGUUGUUUCUGAUAAAAUUCCCUUCUCCCCGUUUCGCAAGAAUCUCCUGUACUAACGUGAUAUGCUUUCGCACAAUUCCUCUGCAGAACCAUUUCACAGGUAAAGAGACAUGAACCCAUUAACACUUGUGAAACGGAUUCAGAAAAUCAAUUCAAGAGAAGCUGCAUUAAACAUCAGCGAAGAAGCUUCGUGGCAUACUAAAUACAAAGAUUCUGCUUAUGUUUUUGUUGGUGGGAUUCCCUUUGAUCUUACUGAGGGUGAUUUGCUAGCUGUUUUUGCUCAAUGUGGGGAGGUUGUUGAUGUUAAUUUAGUUAGAGACAAAGGUACUGGAAAAUCAAAGGGUUUUGCAUUUAUUGCAUUUGAAGAUCAAAGAAGCACUAAUCUUGCUGUUGAUAAUCUGAAUGGAGCUCAGGUUUUAGGUAGGAUUAUUAGAGUUGAUCAUGUUGAUAAGUAUAAGAAGAAAGAAGAGGAAGAUGAAGAGACAGAGAGGCAGAAAAGGGAGGCACGUGGUGUUUGUCGAGCUUUUCAAAGAGGGGAAUGUACUCGUGGAGCUGGAUGCAAAUUUUCUCAUGAUGAGCAAAGAGCUGCAAAUACCGGUUGGGGUGAGAAUGGCAACGCAAAAUGGGAUAAUGACAAAUAUGAUGGUCCCAAGAAAGAAAGAAGAUAUGACAACAACCAAUCAAAUCGCAUUCCAGAAACUAGAGACAGAGAUUCACGCCCCAAAGCCCAUGGCAAUGAGAUGGAAUUAGACAAGCAAAGUGAUAGAAGAGAGGAAAAGAAGUUAUGGAGGCAUGAUGACGAUGAUAAAUUUGAGGGAAGAGAAAAUACCAGUAGAAGAGAAACAAAUAGACCAAGAAGGCAUGGUGGCGAUGAAUUUGAACAUCGGUCAAGAGAAGAUCGACAUAGGAGAGAAGAAAAAAGAUCAAGGGAUGGUUACGAUGGUAGGGAAUCUGAGCCAAGAGAUAACAGAAGGGAAGACAGGAGGUCAACAAAACGAGAUGAUGUCGAGUUUGAAUCCAAGUCAAGAGAUUCUGAUGUAAGAGAUGAUAAAAGACCAAAUAGGCAGGAUGUUGAUGAUUUUCGAAGCAAGUCAAGAGAACAUGGUAAUAGGGAAGAGAGGAGAUCAAGAAAGCACACUGAAGACGAAUCUGUGCCGAGGUCAAGAGAAGAUCAUGAUAGGAAGCAAGAUAACAGAUCAUAUAGAAAUGAUACUGAUCGAUCUGACUCAAAAGGAAGAUACGAAUCUGAACGAAGAAAAGAAAAGAGGUCCGGAAGGUAGUGACAAUUUUGAGGCCUGGGUUUAUCGCGGACAAGAAUGAGUAUUGUAGUAAGUCCUGUGAGGCUGUGACAUUUGAUAACCUGAAUUUUGGCUCGUUCCUUAUAAUAUUUAUAUGGAAAAUGCUAACUAAUGUCCCUGAGGCACUAAUUAAGGAAUCGAAUAUGGUAAUGUUAUCUUAGUCAUUUUGUUUGUCAUAUGAUUUACUUGUUAAACUGUCAUAAGAGCUAGCAGUAAUGAUUUUCCUUUUGGAGUGACUGAGUUUGUUAAA